AUGGUGUACUCAGUGGAAGUUAUCUUCAAUAUGGCCAGGAUUAAAGUGGGCAUGGAUGGAGCUCAAAAUCAUAUAAGAUGGUAUAUUGGUGAUGGAAGUAAAAUUUCGGUGUGGUUUGAUACCUGGAAUGGAGAUAGUCCCCUAAUUGACAGAUUUGGUGACAAUGUCAUAGUGCAGAACAAUAUACAUCUUAAGGUACAAGAUUUACUGGAAAAUGGAGAAUGGAGUAUUCCCACUGAUUUACAAAGUAUAAUUCCUUCUUCUUUGCCUUCAGUAAAUGGUGGUAAGGAUAUGGUUGUGUGGUGUGGAGAUGUAAAGGGUGUUUUCACUACUACUGCUGUUGUUGAAAAAAUUAGAAUCAAGGAACCUAAGGUGCAUUGGCCCAACCUGAUAUGGAAAUCAUUCUUGCAUCCUGGAAUUGCCAGCAACAUUUGA